AUGCCACACUCCAAAACCCCCGGCCAGUCCAACGCCGCCGCGCCCUCGUUCCUCAAGAAGGACGCUGAAGCCCAUGGCCUCGGUGCACCCAACGCCCCUGCUCACAAAGAGCAGCCCGCGCCCGGCGAGCGGCCCGUAGCAUCAGACAGUGGGAACGCGAAUGUCGGCGUGGAUGCGGGUGCGAAUCAGAGGGGCGAGAAGAGGAUUGGAGGACCGAACUACGGGUCUCGAUAG